AUGGUUGAUAGUUCAAAAUCGCCUCAAGCAAUCAAAGUCCUACAUCCGCUUGGUGUCGUUAAAUUGGAAGAAGAUUUGUUCAGAGGAGACGCGGUUGCAUAUAAAAACACAACAGAAUGUGUAUUCGCCGAAAAAACCGCUGGCAGCACACCGACAUCACAAACUCCGAAACAGCAAGGAGCUCAUGCAGAAAAGCAGAGAGAAAAGCCUAAGGAGAAAGAGGAUAAGAAGGAAGUUGAUAUGGGAGAGAACAUUCUGGCGAAGCCAGUGGAUAACGCUCCGAUGAAAGAGGAAAAACAGAAGGAACCGCUUCACAUCGAAGUUCCACCUCCACGAAUAUUGAAAGCUAAGCGAACGAUGAAAGAAGUGCGCUCGGCACGUGAUCCAGAAUACAGAACAUUAGAAUUGGAUAUGAAAAGAGCCGAAAACUCUCCAGCCAACUCAGAUGUAUUGACCGGAGGAAGAGUUGUGUAG